GCAAUCUGUCUCUUUUUUUUUUUUGGUUAGACAGAAAUAUGGGGGAACGGAGUAAUCAAACUCCACUUUUGAAAGCUUCACAAGAUGGCAAAUCAAGGAGUAAAUGGACAACUGCAAUUUUAUUUUUCACUUCACUCACCGCUCUUAUUUUUAUCUUUAUUACAAUAGGAAGCAACUCAAUUCCAUUUAGUAUAAGUGAUGUGAAGAUACAUAGCAAGAGUCUACAAUUAGGCAAUGUGUUCAACUUACACAAAGCAACGAAUAAGCAAAUACCACCGAGUGAUGUCGUCGAGUCAUGGGAAGCAGUCGUGGCAGCAGAUGAUUCCCGUUGUUCAAAGAUUGGCGCAUCCUUUCUUAAUGCCGGUGGUCAUGCUGUUGAUGCUGCUGUCGCGGUUACUUUGUGUGGCGGCAUUGUUAAUCCAAUGGCUAGUGGUAUUGGAGGCGGUGGGUUCAUGGUCGUUCGUUCAGCUGACACAUCAAAAACAAAAGCAUUCGAUUUCAGGGAAACGGCCCCUUUAGCUUCUUCGCAGAACAUGUAUCAAAACAAUCUGGACGACAAGUAUAAAGGAGCACUAGCCAUGGGUGUUCCCGGGGAAAUAGCUGGUAUUUACCAAGCUUGGUUACAACACGGUCGCUUGCCAUGGAAAUCUUUGUUUCAGCCUGCCAUUCGCCUUGCCAAAAACGGGUUUGUAGUUGCUCCUUAUCUUGCAAGUUCGCUGUCGAGCAAUGCUGACAAGAUACAAAAAGAUCCAGGCCUACAAAAAGUGUAUGCUCCUAAGGGGGAGAUUUUAAAGGCGGGUGACAUGUGUUAUAACUAUGAGCUUGGUUUGAGCUUGGAAGCUAUAGCAGAAAGAGGUCCAGCGGCUUUAUAUAGUGGUGAUAUAGGGGAAAAGUUGGUUAGAGAUGUUCGGUUGGCAGGUGGGAUCUUAACAAUGGAGGAUUUGAGAAAUUAUGAGGUGAAAGUUACCGAUGCAGUUGAAGUGAACACAAUGGGGUUCAGCAUUUUUGGGAUGCCACCGCCGUCAAGUGGUACCCUUGGGCUAGCUCUGGUUUUAAAUAUCUUAAAUAGCUACGAGAACACAAAUGAAGCUAAAGGACCAUUGGGUUUACACCGAUUUGUUGAAGCUUUAAAACAUAUGUUUGCUAUUCGGAUGAACUUAGGUGACCCAGAUUUUGUCGAUAUAAGUAAAACUGCAUCAGAAAUGCUUUCUCCUACAUUCGCGAAGAAAGUUAGAGAACGGAUUUUUGACAACACUACCUUCCCUUCUGAAUACUAUAUGCCUGGGUGGAGUCAGAUUCAAGACCAUGGUACAAGUCAUUUUUGUAUAGUAGAUGCAGAUAGAAAUGCCGUGUCGAUGACAACAACUGUGAACUACCCAUUUGGUGCCGGUGUUCUAUCUCCAGCAACCGGAAUUGUACUAAACAACGAAAUGGGUGACUUCUCGUCACCUACAGAAAUAUCCCCUGACAGCCUUCCUCCUUCACCUACAAAUUUUAUCAGUCCAAACAAGAGGCCGUUGUCUUCCAUGACUCCUGUCAUUAUUGUCAAGGGUGAUCAAUUGGCUGGGGUUAUUGGAGGAAGUGGUGGGAUGUACAUAAUACCAGCAGUUAUACAGGUCUUCCUUAACCAUUUCAUUCUAGGAAUGCAGCCUUUAGAUGCUGUUCAGUCUCCUAGAGUCUACCAUAAGUUGGUGCCAAAUGUGGUGUACUACGAAAACUGGACAGUGAUAGACGGUGAUCAUAUUGAGCUUUCAGACGACCUAAAACAAUUCUUAGGAGAAAGGGGUCAUAUAUUGGAGCCAAAAUCUGGCGGUGCUGUUAGUCAAUUUAUUGUUCAAACCUUAAAGAAACCAAUUGAGAACAGGAAAGUCACUUCCGAUCACAAACAGGUUUUAAAAGGAAUGCUUACUGCUGUAAGUGAUCCUAGGAAAGAUGGGAGGCCUGCUGCUUGUUAGUUAAUAACAACAUAUACAAUUGAAGAUUUCAUACCAAAUAUAAUGUAGUGUUUGUUUUUCCUUUUAAAAAAUAUAUUGAUGUGUAUAUAUAGAUUAACCAUUGGUGAUUUUAGUGUUAUUAGCCUAUUUUGUGCGA